AUGGAACAACUGCUUGAACGAUAUGAGGAAUUAAAGAAACGGAACAUAGAGGAAUUGGAGCAUGAUAAAUCAAUAACUCAUUUGCUCUAUAUAGAAGGAUUCAAAUGGGAUAAUUUAGAUAAAAUAAAAUAGAUUAAUAAAAUAUCUCAAACUAAAAUAGAAAAGAGAAUCACCCUUGUUUAAGAUUUUGGUUUAUUAAGGAAAGACCUAGAACCUUAUGGGAGUAGCAAUUCGAAUUGUUAAAGUUUAGUCAAAGAUAUUGAUAUGCAUAUAAAUUCCAUUAUGUUUGAAAUAGAUAAAUUAGAAUAAUUAAAAUAGAAAUCGCAAAGAUUCUUACGAAUUCAAAGUUAGCCGAACAUUAAACCAGACACUGCACCAACUGAUAGCAUGGCUUAGACAGGAGGACUGCUAUCAAGUACUAGCGACGGUUAAACAAGAAUGUAUCAAAGUAGUUUUUAGUUUUACCGAGCAUAAAGAGAUCAAAAAAUUUAAUCGCAUAAUUAAAAAUGGAUAGAAAAAUAAUAUACAAUUUAGAAAAAGUUGAUAGAAGAUGAAAAAGAGUUUUAGAAAUUUAGAUAUGAAAUCGAUACUAAAUAAAAGAAGGUUGAGAUGAACCUUGAAGAAUUUCAAUUAUGGUAGUCUAGAAUAAUGAAAGAACAAUCAGAAGGGAACUCAAAAAGACUGUAAUAACAUAAAUCAAGAGUGUAGUAGGAUUAAAUGCAAAGAUAAGUUACUUUGGAAGCAAAGAUUUCAAAAAAAGAAUAACAAUUACAAAAAUAAAUGUCAUUGUUAAAGGAUUUCCAUGAGUUAUAAAAACAAUAGAAGGAAGAACAUUUCUUAAAGAUUUUGCAUAAAUCCAUGGGAGCUUUAAAUGAUAAGGACAAAUUUAAUUAAAUUUAAAAGGAGUAAUCUGAAAAAAAAGAAUUAUAAAAUAAUCAUAAGUUGAAAUACAUCUAAGAAUCAAAGGAAUGGACUAAAUAACAGUUGUAAAGAUAGAGUGAAUUAAAACAAAAAAAGAUUGAAAGGGCUAACUAAAUUCAAGUAUCUUAGGAUAUUUAGAGAAGAGAGAAAUUUGAAAAUAAGGAGAAGAAAAAGCUUGCUUAUAUGGAGAAAUAUCAUAAAGUGUUUGAGGAUUAUUAGAAUAAAAUCAAUAAGGAGAAAGAGGAUAAAAUUCAUCAAUUUUAAAUUAAUAAAGCUGUAGAGGAUGCAAGCAGAGGAUAAUUAAUUAAAUAUCAAUUUGAAAGAAAAUGUUAGAGUUAGGCUCAAGCGUAAAGAUUGAGAGAUAGAAGGAUUAAAAUAUUUUAGGAAGAGAAGGCUGGGGAACAUUUAAUGAAAUAAUUAGAAAUCAAUUAAAGAUUGAAUCAAAUAUAAUAAGAGUUAGAAAUGAAGAGGAGAAUGUAAGAAUUGAUGGAAGAAGAGUAAAAGUAAAGGAAGUUAAUGAUAGAGAAUGAUGAAAGAUUGAAUAUAAGGGAAAGAGAGAAAAAUAUGAGAAAGUUAGAGAUUGAAAAAGAACAGAGAGACAAAGAAAUGAAAAAGCUGAAGUAUUCUAAGGUUUGA